AUGAUUGUCAGGGAAUCAAACAGGCCGAAAGCCGAUGCGAGUCCAGCGAAAUGGCCACCCAAAUCGCCUUUCGAAGCUCUCCAGAGCUCCCCGCGAGGUCGGAAGAGGAUCGAGGAAGCUCGCGAGCGCUUCAAUGUUUCCCCCUCCCCUUCCCCAACGAAACGGUUACCCAUUGCCCAACUAGAGGCCGAUCUGGAGGAUGAAGAUGAUGAAGAUGAGGAGACGCUGCAGUUGAAACUUCAAGCCAUCGAAGCCAAGCUGAAGUUGAAGAGAUUACAAGCCGCAAGAGCGAAAAAACGGGAAGCGGCGUCACAAAGUAGUGAUGAUAGGUCAAUAUCAAGAACAUCCUCGCGACCAAGUACGGUUACUGGACUACACCGAGAUCCUUCUUCUAUAUCAGCUGGAUCGAGCCUCGUUACAGACUCAAGAUCAACCUCUUCUAGAUCUUUCGUCCAAGUUCCAUUGUCGCCAGUGAAGAAGGAACAGACUCCAGUGGAAGCUGCCUCUCCAGCCCGACGGCUUGGAAUUGAUAAAGGACUACGCGCAGAAGAUGUAUCAUUGAAGCGAGCAGCAAGCUCCAAGUUCGGUGGUACAAUACCCAGGUCUUCCGACAAGCAUGGGAUCUCUAGGAGCAGAUCUAUCACCGGAAAUACAGCUUCAUCGACCCAAGAACGACCGAAGUCUUUCAGUGAGAGAAUAGCGGAAGUCCGUCGUCAGGAGAAAACCAAGGAAGAUCGAGAAGCACGUUUUGAGAGGGCUAGGAGCCAGGGGUUUGGUUUGAAGCAGCUUAUGGAUGAGGUCGGGGAUAAGGAAGCCAGUUUACGGUCUCAAUCAUCGACAUUAACCGCAAAUAGUCAGCAUGAAAGAGUGUCCACAACAUCAGGGUUCCGAGACUUGCCAACGCCCGCUUCGUCAUUUGAGCGAGGACGACCGGAAGGCCAUGCACCGGCUGCACCAACACCUUCCAUGACGGCGCCAGGGCGAACACAACAAGAUAAUAUCCAUGCAAAUGCAGCAUCUGAAUCAGGGUCGAGCGAGGAGAUCUCAACAUUCGAUCCCUUCACAUCUCUCCACUUGACCAAGCGCGUCACACCGCAUGCAACCGUCCAACGGCUCCUCACACCGCACUCAACCUUCACGAUUCCGCAACUCCUUGCCACCGUUAAGGGCCCAGAUUUCGACCCACCAGAUUGCCCAAACGAUUCCUAUGUCGUGCUCGCCGUCCUUGCAAAAAAGUCCACCCCACAGGACCACAAGAAGCGUGGAGGCGUCAGCGUUGGUGCCCUAGCAAACAACAGCACAAAUGGCCAUGGCGAAGGUGACGGUGAAGGCGCUGGCCGGAACAAAUUCAUGGUGCUGAACCUCUGUGAUCUCAAAUGGGAGAUCGACCUCUAUUUAUUUGGUGCGGCGUUCAACAAAUUGUGGAAGCUCACACCAGGCACCGUGAUCGCGAUCCUCAAUCCUGAUAUCCUCCCUCCGCUGCCCCAUCGGAAAGACACGAACGCAUUCAGUCUCAAGCUUGCCGGGAAUGAAGACACCGUCGUCGAGAUAGGUACCUCCCGCGAUCUCGGCUGGUGCGAGUCCCGGAAAAGUGACGGCCAACUUUGCGGUAGCUGGAUCGACAAGCGGAAGACGCAGUUCUGUGAAUACCAUAUCAACUUACAAGUCGACAAAGCGCGGCGCGGCAGAAUGGAGAUCAAUGGCAUGGGACGCACGCCCCAUUUUGGUUCUUCCGGUGGCGGUGGGGGCGGCGCUGGCAGAGGCAUGUUCGGCGCCUCCAAAAGCACGUUCGGAUCCGGGCAAUCCAGGAACACCGGGCUACUCCCCGGCAGCAAGGUCCAUGACCGAAGUACGGGCACCACGCUCUACAUGGCACCGGGAAUGGGUUCCAGAAACUCUGGUCCUCCACGCGGUGGAAGAAAGAAACCGGAGGAAAACAGAAGCGUUUUCGAGGAUCCAUUCAUCGGCACUCUUACGUCCUACAAUGAACGAGGGCCGUCCCGAGAGGAACUGGCGAAGAAGCGAAAGGUAGCGCGCGACAAAGAAAGAGCCCUCGCGUCGAGUUUAGGGAAGUUAGGCGCCGGGAUGGGGAGUCAGUACUUGCGAAUGCGGGAACCUGGAGCGGAAUCCACUGAUGGCGGGGAGGCCAUGGUAGGCAAUGGGGAGAAAGAACCCUUAGAUAAUACCGGUGGCGCCGAUGCGGAAGCCCUUGGUCUACUCGGCAACAAAGCGAGCGAAAUCCGGCUCAGUCCUGGGCGCGGGAAGCGGAAGCGGGCAGACGGAUCGGAGCCGAUGGGCUGGGGCGGGGCGAAAAAGAGCGACUGGUUGGAUACGUCGCGACCGAAGCCACCGAGCAAAGCAAAGCCUGAUAGCGGCCCUCGCAAUGAAGAGAUGUCACCGAGGAAGCGGGCGCGGUUUUUGUUGGAGACGAAGGGCAUACGGAUACCUGGACGGGAGAGUCUGGGGGUGCCAGGCACGAACGUUGACGACGAUGAUGACUUGGAGAUUGUGUAG